AAAAUACCAACUUGGGAUUGGGGACAGGGGCAUGCAUGGUUUCUCUCCUUACAAGCAACGCCAAUGAAAGAAAUGUUUGAAAGAGAAAAACGGGGCUCACCUCACCGCUCACAACAGGACCUCUUUUCUUAGUUUCUAUCCCCUUGGGUAAGCCACCUGCAAUGGCAAAACAUCCACUCGGUUGUGUCUUAACCUACUCUGUCGUCGCCUCCCUCGGCCUUGUCUCCUUCGCCGCAUGUCUCGUUGCCGAGGGUAAGAGAUCCAAGAUUGGUGUUGCCGCAACGGUCUGUCUCUCCACCGCCCAAGUCAUAGGGAACGUACUACUCUGUGCAAAUCACCGGCGGAGACCAAACACAAGAACGCCUAAGAAACCAGCUCUUACUGCAGUUUUGCUGGCGUUUUCCUGGAUCAGCUUUGGGGUUGCAGCAAUCCUAAUAAGUGCAGCGACGAGUAUGAGCAGAACACAAGCGUAUGGAGAAGGAUGGUUGGAGGGGGAAUGCUACCUGGUUAGAGACGGGGUUUACAUCAGCUCCGGGGUGUUAAGCCUGCUCGCGGUUCUCACCUUGCUUGGAGCUGCCUCCAUCAAAAUCACCACCAAUCAACAAGUUGAUCAAGACCACAAAAUAAAUGCAUGAAAAUCAAACAAAAAUAACAGUGAUAGGAAAGGGAAGAAAAAUGUAUAGACACGAGGAGUGUUGAAUUUUCUUCUAAAUCCCAACAUUACGGAGGUAGAUGAGUAGGGGAAAAUAAUAUAUCAUGAUUCUA